GUUCUUGUGUUUGUGAUUGUAAAUAAAGGCCAAACAGUCAGCGCGAAACGUUAAAAGCAACCUUUGGGCCUGGCCAGAAUGUAACACCUCUCCACCAAGAGCAAACAGCGAACGUAAGCGUAAAGUGUUCAAUUAAGCCAAGUGACUUGACUUUGUUCGGAGCAGCGAAAGAGAGACGGUGAAAUAAAUGUGGGCAGGAAGUGGGAAGUGCGAUGAACGACAACAAAAAAAGUGUGUAUUGGCCAAAAGAAGCUCGCAUUGGUAGCAACACAAAACCAUUCUCACACACACGACACGGCGCUCUUUAAACGCUGCCGCGCUCUCUCUCCCUCUCUCUAUCAUUUUCUCACAUUUAAACGACUGCGACGCGUCUCUUGCAAACUUUUUAAAGCGGACGCCAGCGAUAUUCGGUUCUCAUUUCGAUGUGGAACGGUAAAGAACCUGUGUCGCUUCCGCCGCGAUUCGCGAAAAUAACACAAAAAUAGCCAUUAUAUUUUUGCUCAAUCAAAUAAAAGCCACUUCAACGGUGGUAUAUGUGUGUGUACAGGAAGAGAUCGGAUAGAUCAGAAGCAGUGCAAGAAAGAAAAGUGCAAAGCGAAAGUUUUGAUUGUGCAGCAUCCGCCAUCUCGCUCUGGCAGGCGCGCGUGUAACGGUAAACGCCUCUCACACCUCUCACGCCUCUCCCGCCCCAACAACAAAGUCAGCAACACAUUCCAAGGAAAGCGAAAAGUGCGCGCUUGUGUGUGUCUGUGCUUUAUUUCCAUUUAAAAAAAAAACAACAAAUUCAAUAUUCAAUCUUUGAUUUCGAUUUCGAUUGGCCAGAUGUGUUUAUUAAAUGAUUGCGCACACUGUGUGUUAUUAUGGCCUUAUUGAAUAAACUCUUCUUUCCGUCGGCAACACCAACAACACCCGCGAAUUUAGCGGCAGCGCCCACGCUGACCGCAGCGUCCGCAGCAGCAGCAGCGGCAGCGUUAAUUAAUAACCAAACAACAAUACCAACAACUACAGGAACAGCAACAACAACAACAGUGCCGGCGCGGACAACUCACGCCUCUGCCGGCGUCGCUGCCUCUGCCGGCAAUAGUUCGUCGUCCGCAAAAGCUACAAAACAAACUUCGCGAAAUUAUCUAAGUCAAUUCCCCUUCGAGGGCAGCCAGGUGCGAGUUCUGCUCUACAAAGAGGAUGACAGCCGGCGACUGCUCUUCGACUCGAAUGCCCUGCAGAAGGUGACGCACAGGGACUCAUCGGGCGCAUCCGCAUCCGUAUCAUCCUCAUUAUCCUCAACGAGUGGCGGUGGAAAGUUCCUUAAGAAUGAGAAGUACACAUCGCUGCAGAAUGGCAAGAUCCAGUCAAAGGCACAUUCCAGCAAUGGCAGCAACUUCAUCGAGGUGUGCGCCGAGUAUGGUUAUAAGCAUAAUCGACCCUCUGGAGCUGACAUCACACCGCUGGGCGAGAUGGUGUUUGGCUCGCUGCCGAUGUCCUUUUGCGGAACGGCCCUGAAGGUGCACUGGCUGCCGGAGCCGGCGAGGAUCCUGUGCUCCCAGGUCUACCUGACGCCCACCGGCAACGGAGGAGGCUCUGCAGCCAGCAGUCACUCGCCCUACUCCACGCUCUCCACGAACAGCCUGGCGACGCCGCGCACCUCGAUAUGCAGCGAACACGGCUCCAUGGAUGGUCUCUCGAUGAACUCCUUCUCGAUGCCCUUCAGCGUGAGUGUGGGUCGCCAGAUGAGCCUGACGCCACCGUUGGACGUUCCGGCAGCGCCGGCGGACCAACAAUCGCUGUCCAUCCACUCGAUUGACUCGAGCGGCCCUCGUUACUCCUCCACCUACAGCACGGCCACGGAUUCGGGCUAUUCUGCGAGUGGGAGUGGCAGUGCAGCUGGCGGAGAUCAGUGGUCCUAUCAGUACUCAUCGACGCGCAGCAGUCUGGGCAGCGUGCUCUCCGAUCAGUCGGAUGCGAUGCGAAAGCUGAGCAUGGACUCGGCCUGCUACACGGGAUCCUCUCCCUACCUCGACGGAUUCGCCAGCGAUGGCUGCCUGCAGCGAAGAAUCUCGCGCAAUUUGCGCACCUCCUUCGAGAAUGAGCAUUCCAAGAACGAUUUUAUCGGCUUCCUCAGCGACAAUUACGUGGUUGCAUCGGGAGGAGCUGGAGGAGCUGGAGGCGGCGGCGGCAGCGAGGGUGGCGGAAUGGCUCCACCGCAGUACCGAAGGGCCAGCUAUUGUGCGAACGAGUCGCGAAGUAAUCCGGAAAUGGGCAGGCGGCAGGCCAACCUGCGACGCAGGGCGAAACUGGGCCUGGCCGUGUGCAUCUCGAUGAGCGAAUCCUUCGAGGAGGAGAUGGAGCUGUUCUGCAGCGAGCAUAUCGCUCUGCUGGAAUCGAUGCUUAGUCGGCUGAGGGCCAGCACAGAGCAUGCGUACAUCAAUCACAAGAACUUUCUGCAGAUCAUGUUUCAGGCCUGGCAGGACACGCAGCAGUGGUUCAGCGAUCUCUUCACCGCCCCGCGCAUCAAGACGCCCGUCUGGCUGAGCAUCACCACCAGCGGCAGCAAGUACUCAAAGACUGUGGCCGAGAGAUUCAUCAAGGAGCUCUGCGACCUGCUCUCUUUUGCCGAUACCAAGGACUCUAAUUUCUUCAUCAGCACCAUGUUGACGGGGAUUCUCACACACCAUUUGGGCUGGGUGGCCACCGUGUCCGCCUUCAACAGCGCCGGCUUGCGUCGCUCGGAGUCCUCCGCCUCGGCGGCAGCCAUCGAGCAGCGGGCCAAGCUGCUCCAGGUGGCCCAGAAGCAUCCGUACAAUGCGUUGUGGGCGCAGCUGGGCGAUCUUUACGGAGCCAUCGGCAUGCCGCCCAAGCUGGCUCGCACCAUUGUCUGCGGAGCGGAGAAACUCUGGGUGGAGAAACUGCUCAACGUGCUGACCUACUUCAUUCGCUGCAGCGAGGUGCGGCGAGCGGCCAAGCGGGAGGAUUUUAACAAGCAGCUGAUCAACGACCUGGUUGCCCAGAGCCAGGCCCAAAAUCAGUCGAGCAAUCAGGAGCGGCACAAGAGUCCGCCGACGCAAAUGCGUGGAUUGAGCAGGACGGCCACCUGCAAGCAGAAUCUAAAUGCCAUUGUCGAUGAGAAUGCAGACGAUGAGAAUGGCGAACUGAAUGGCUACGAUGGCGGGGAGGAGAACGAGAACGGUGAGCUGGACGCAUUGGACUCUGGCGAUGGGAUGCAGACGCUGAAGAAGAACGAGAUUCCCACUGUGCUGGCCUUCCGGGACUCGCACUUUGUGCAGCAGGAGCUGCGUAUCGGCAACUAUCUGAUGGACACGGGCAUUGACAAGAAGACCCUGUUGGCGCGGCAGGCGCAGCAAUAUUUUCGCACCGGCAAGGACGGCCGGAUCCGUUUGACCGUGACCACGCCGGACAACGUGGAGCUGUGCAUGGAGGAGGAGCAGUCGAGCGGCACGGGCUCUGUAAGCACGGGAUCCGUGGACGACGGGGCCAUCGAGGCGAUCGACUAUGAGGACAACGUGGAAGCGCCGCCCAAGAAGAAUUUCUUUUGGAACAUGGUCCCAGUUGCGGGCGUUAAGGAGGGACUGAGUCUCAGCGAUCUGGCCAAGCUGCAGCAGGGAAUACGGAUCAUUAACCGCAAGCUGGAGCGACGCAGCAGCAGCUACUCGGUUGAGGGUAAUCCCGACCAGCAGCAAAGCAAGACGACAGUAGGCGACUUUGAGCCACUUAGCCACGAGAGACGCGCAUCGCAUUUGUCGCUCUCCGAUCUGAUCACGCAGAACAGCAUGGGCAAGAGCGAUCGCAUGACCUGGGGCAUCGAGCCCAUCAAGGAGAACGUGAGCCUGGAGGAGCAGAUCCACUUCGAUCACUGCCACAAACUAAUCGAGCGGGAGCACGGCAUCUGCCGCCAAACAUCGGCGGACAAUGGCAACGGUGUUGUCUUUGUUCUCGGCGACAAUGAGCCGCUGAUCAACCUGAAGAAGAGCAGCGAGGAUCUGAGCGGAGAUCAAGAUCAAGCCAAGCCCACGCUGAUGCUGUGCGCCCAGCAUCAGCGCACCCACGACCGCAGUAAACACUCGGGCAUGAAGUUUAACUUCGAGCAGUAUCCGCAAAUUGCCACCAACUAUAUGAAGAGCAAGAACCUUCUGAUGUCGAACUAUGAUCUGCUAAUGGACAAGGCCACCAAGCUGGAGGCCAGCGAGGCAGCUGCUCUCAAGGGAAGCGAUAGCACGGCCACGCUGGCGGCUAGCAGUAGCUCCACGGCCGCACUGCCUCCUCCGGCCACUCCGGUGGCCGCGAGUAGCGAUCGUUGCGUCGUGUGCAGCAGUGGCGUUUCGGCCACUUGGAACCAAACGCCUUCCAACGCCACCGAGCUGGAGUUUGAGACCGAUGAGGUGCACUGCUACAAUCAGAGUGGGAUCGGUAAUGGAUCCAGCUCGAAGGUCUUGCAGGCUGUCAACUCGGCCGCCUCCAUAGAUACGCUCAAGUCGGCGGUUGCCGUUGAGCCAACGAUUCCCACCCAGAUGCAGACCACCUAUAUGCGCAAACAACAGCCAAAGCGUGUGCCUUCUGGUCGCAGUUCGGUCUCCUCGGUGGCCGCCAAGUGCGCGGCGGUAAAUGUGUCACAGCAGAUGCUAAAGCUGCCUGUUCCGGGCGUCAAGGAGCUGCCGCAGGACGAUGACUCCCCGGGCGAUCAGCUGCGGGCCGGUUUCAUUCCCUCGCUGCUGCUGAGCGUCAGCGAUCACUACGUCUCCGAUAUGGUUCUCCAGGGAACUUGUGCGCCGCCUAACAAAUGGGAGAUGCAUCUCCGCGAGGAUCUGGCGCUGGCCGCGCGUUCCGCCUCGCUAAUCUCACAGCCGGCGGAGAACAUAGCCAUCGUGGCGGACAUGGACAAGUGGGAUGUGCGGCUCAUCUCGUCGCAGACGCAGCAGUUUCCGUACGCCGGUGGCCAGAGCUCGCCAGUGGGCAUGUCCCAGCUCGUGUCCAGCAUGCUGGAGACGGUGCAAGCCAUGCAUGCAGGUGGAAUUCCCGCCUACGAGUGCCUGUCGUUCCUGGAAUCAAAGCUGCAGGAAAUCUACCUGCAAUCGGAAACUUUGGCAGCAUUCCUGCUGGAAACGGACCCUUGCCGGCUGAGCGACAUCACCAAUCCGCUGCAGCUCUCCGAAAACGAUGUGCCGCUGCUGCUGUCGAUCGCAUAUAUACACACGCCCAAGAUCAGCCGCAAGUGCGGCAUCAGCUUCAGGUGACAGGCUGUCGCCGUCUGCUGAGCCUGAGCCAGGACAUUGCCAAACAUUCUACCAAUUAUCAACCUUCAGCCGAGCUCUUCUCAUGCAUCAUCCAAAGCGAAACAAGCAAAUACUCCAGCGAAUUUUAUUUUCACUGAUUUUGUGAUAUAUAUUUAUACGUGUAUGAAUCUAGCGCUUAAAAGCAGGAUACGUUAGUGAGCCAUAGCUUAGCCUUAGCCCCUCGAACGGAGCCGAUCUGAUCUGAUAUGAUAUGAUUUUGAACAGAAACGAUUGGUUUCAUACUAUUUUAAUCGCCCGGUGUAAACGGGUCGUUCAUCGAAAUUUACCACAUCCACUCAUCGCGGUCACAUGAAGAAGUAUUGUAAAUUAUCCGGGUUAGAUUUAGCCGGGCCAGAUUGCGUUGGCGUCGGCGGUGACGAUGAUGAUGACGACUCCGGCUUAGCAGCACUCGAAAAGCCCUGCUAUCGGAUCGAUCGAUCGCCAAAACAUAUCUUGCCCCGCCCCACUUUUGUAGUGCUUGAUUUAGAUUUAAUAAUUUAUGACAGCAGUAAUAUAAUCGUAGCAUUAAUUGUAUAAGUUUACAAUACCCUAGGGAUGCAGUGCAGCUAAUAAAUAAUAUAUGUAUAACGAAUUAUAGGAAACAACUAAACAAACAAAUAAAUCAAAUCAAAAUAUGUAU